UUCAAACGUCAGUGUCUGUGAUCAAAGAGCGGUAAAAUGAGGUUACAGGGGUUGUUUUUGUAAAUAUUUCCGAGUAAUUCUGGUUAAAAUGGCCAAUUUGGACAAACUUAAGAAGAAAUUGCAAGGGGCGCUCAAGCUGAGCGGCUUCAGCAUACGAAGGGAGUUCUGUUCACGGUUAGUGGACAGUUUUCUGAGCGCCAACGUGGAUUUAACAGCCCACAGUGUGUUUGAGGAAACUGUAAAGUCGCUCUGUUCAACCCUCGAGGUCCAGUGCCUCUCUGGGCAAAGCAUUGAAAAGGAGCACAUUGACAGGGUUUUAGAAGUUUGCCUGCACUCAGGCUACGAUCACAACGAGACAGUGUUCAGUGUUAUCAACGCCUUCGACUUUCCGAAGCUCUUCUACAACCCCGAGAGGAAGCUUUACCUGCCGAGCCAUAAAAGGCCCACUUUACUGGCAGACGCCGACUCGAAAACCUGCAUGUUUCUUGAUAGGUACACCAAAGUCCUGCACAGGACUAAAAGGACGAUCGCCCAAACCUUGAUGAAUGAGGAGAGGCAUCGAUUGAAGCUGCAAACUGUGGACUAUCUGCUUACCAUUUCAGAAGUCACGAUGGAAAGGACGUUGAUUUUGGGCUCGCUGCUGCAGACAGCCGAAGGCAAAUUCGCCCUGGAAGACCCCACAGGGUUGGUUAAUCUCGAUUUAACACAUGCAGAAUAUCGACCAGGGUUUUACCUGGAAAACUCUCUAGUACUGGUGACUGGCUACUACGAGGACAAGGUGUUGCAUGUGUCCACCAUGAUUAUGCCUACAGGGGAAGACUAUGUUAAUUCAAGGCCGGCGUUUGGGAACUUUAAUUACUUCGGCGGCAAGUCUGCAACCCCCUUGAGAGACUCGAAAAGGCUGAAGCAGCACUUAGUGGGAAACCCUGACGAAAUGUUCGUGUUUCUCUCGGAUGUUUGGCUGGACCAUCCUCAGACGUUUCAUCAAUUGGAAAAACUGUUUGGGCAAAUGGAGCAAUUUUGCCCCCCAAUUGCUUUUGUGUUUCUCGGCGACUUCAUGUCCGAGUCGCAUGGCAGUGAGACUCUAAACGAGCUGAGGAAACUGUUUAAAAGGCUGACGGAGCUCAUUCUACGAUACUCUUCGUUAGUUACGACCAGCCAGUUUGUUUUCGUGCCAGGCUUGGGCGAUCCGUGCACGCCCCAUAUUGCCCCCCGGCUGGCACUACCAAACUUUGUAACGGACGAAAUGGGGCAGGCUUUGCCCAAUGCGACUUUCGCCUCCAAUCCGUGCCGGAUUCAGUAUUGCACUAAGGAAAUCGUCGUUUUCCGGGCGGAUGUUUUGGCCAAGUUCCUGCAAGGAACGUUGUAUAAACCCGCCAAGCAGGAGAUCUCGAAAGCCGUAACCAGAACGAUCAUCGGCCAGGGGCAUUUGUGCCCCGUUAGUCUGAACGCUCUAAACGUUCACUGGGACUUUGACUAUUGCAUGUCGCUCUAUCCCCUGCCUGAUCUGGUGGUUAUUGGCGAUAAAUCAGAGGCCUACAAGGAUCAUUACAAGAACUGCAUCGUCAUGAACCCGGGUCAGUUUUGUACGGGGGAGUUUGGCUUCAAAAUGUAUUAUCCGGCCAAGGAUAUAGAGAGCGCGGUCGAGGACUGUGCCAUCGAUGAAGCUGAAACCGAGCCCAGCUAGUUAUGGAAUAAAUUUAAGGUAUUUCUUAGGUUUUUCGAUAACACCGCAUUAAAGCUGCUUUGGGUA